GAAAUUGUGAUCAUUUCCAGAGUCUGUUAGUGCAGCGCACGGUUUUAACAUGUCAGCUACCGGCACGGAAACAAGCACCCAGCUCCCUGCUCCUCCUGGACGGGUGUUUUUUCAGGCAGCCCCGACUGGUGGCUGUACUGGUGCUGGACCCGAGAGAAGGGAUGAUUCGGUCCAGAAGAAACAGGGCAAAGUAACCGUGAAAUACGACAGGAAGGAGCUGAGAAAAAGGCUAAUCUUGGAGGAAUGGAUCAUUGAACAACUCAGUGAGCUAUACGAUUGCGAGGAGGAAGAAAUGCCAGAAGUUGAAAUAGACAUUGAUGACCUUCUGGAUGAACCCAGUGAAGAUGAACGGGCCACUAAAUUACAAGAAUCACUGAUAGACUGUUAUAAACCCACAGAAGAGUUCGUCAAAGAGCUGUUGUCACGGAUAAGAGGGAUGAGAAAGCUAAGUGCUCCUCAAAAAAAGGGUCUAUAAUAGUGGCCUGACAAUGAUCAACAGUGCAUCAGCCAUAAGCCAGAAUCAAAAACGCAAAAUGGACUCUUCAUUAAGAUCCUCAAAUGCCUUUUUUGGUUUUGGGGAGCUAUUUGUACAAGAAAAUGCUAUCUAAAGGACAUUUUUUAAUUUAACUGUGGUGUUUUUGAGGUUUAUGAUUUAGGUUAUGCCAGGAAGUCAAGUCUAGAGCCCAUUUGCUUCCCAUAUCUGUCUUUUUUUAAGUUUGGCAAAGCUGAAACAACAGUGAUUGGUAUUGCAGUUAUAAUGCAGUUCGUUUGUGGAUUAUGGGAGAGAGGACUUGGUACAAUUAUUUGCUCGAUUAUUAUAAAAACACUUCCACUGUGAUCUGUACAGGCAAUGUUAAGAGGCUUCUUCCCUAUUUUAAUAGUAGCACACUUUCUUUUUUAAAUAAACACAUAUUGGCUAAUAUACUACUAAUCAUAAGGAUUGAAAGCAUUUGAGUUAUAGGAUACUUGCAGAAACUGAGUUUCCCCAUUUUGGUCUUUUCAGAGGAGUUUAAUUCUUUGCAUCAUUAAUCUUUGCUCUAGAUUUGUUUUAUUUUGGAAACUACCUAGUUAAUCUUUUGAUGGUUAACGGAAGCACAAGAUUUUCAAACACCUCCUGUCAGCAGGCGUGUGAAGUUUAAAAAUCCACAGAAUUGUACAAGCCUUACCUUUACAUUUCAUACAAGGGUGUUCAAGAAGUGCUGAAUUAAUUUCAAUAAUACCAGUAAAUAUUGAUGUCUGGCAGUAUAACAAAGUUAUUUGUGGAGAAAAGCACGUACAUUUAUGGAGAAUAUUGCAGAUGACUAACAACCGUUGCACGUUCAAACUUGUGGUUGGAAAACAUGUGCAGUGUGUUUUAACAGGCUGAACAGUUAUGCAGCAUAACUGUUCAGCCUGUUGUCAUGAGGUGUGUUACAACGGGGAUUAUAGGCUUUGGAAUUGCAAGCACAGGCCAAUGGAUAUUCCUUAUUUGUGGCCAUCGAAAUUAAAUUUUCUAAACAAUUGACUAUGGUAUGCUGCCAAAGAUGAUGCAGGACAAAUUAACUAUUAAAUAAAUGGAUGGAACCUUCAAUUUUGGAAAACAUUUGCAGAUAAGCAAAAAACUAAGUGAACCCACGAUUGCUACCAUUUUUUUAUGGAACACUGGACGUGUUUUUAUUCAUACUUCUCUUCCAUUUUAAGAAAUUUUAAAUUUGACAUCCUUGGUUUUAUUUAUUCCUGGAUCAGGAUGUUAUAAAGCAGAUUUUUUUUAUUAUUCCUCAGACAGAAUGCCUUUCUAGGACAAAACAAAUGGUGCUGAUUUAGUUUUAUUUUCUUAAUACAGUUUUUAUUUUCUUUUAUUAGACUGUUUUAGAGCUUAAAGGGCUCUAAAAUAGUGUCUUGACAGUAUUUAAAUAAAACUUCCAUAUUGUUCAGGAAAGUUCAUAAUCUGUAAGACAUCAACUCUAAUGGGGCAGACGAUGGCAAUUUUAUUUUUGAAGGAUUUCCACACUACUGACAUUUUGGAUAAAAUGUAUGGCAUUUUGAAAUUGCAUGUAUUCUUAAGUAUAGUAAAUUGAAAGAAGGAUGUGUAACCUGGUUAUCUUUUAUACCUUGAGUGAAUUGAACAGAUUUCUACAGGGGAAAAUGUUUUUGAAAGUUUGUUCUGUACAUCUGCAAGCUUUGGUUUUAUUUUUUAAUGUAUGGUAUUUAAGAGUUUUUUUUUUUGCUGACAAUAAAGGCAGAAGAACAAACAAAACAGUUUUCAAUGUUAAGUUUUCUCAAAUACCUUAAAAGCUUUUGGGAUAAAUGGUACUAAGGUCUUUAGGUUGGAUGGUAGUGUUUUCAUAACAAACGGGUAUUUUAAAGAGGAAACAAAAGGAGGGACUCCAAUCUUCACAAUUUAAUGCAGUUCCUCAUUUGGUUAUAUUAUCUCCAGAAGAGAACCUCUAGGUUCAGUGAAGUACAGCAUGUCUAAACAAAGGUAUACAGUCAUUUUAAAAGGUGGGUCUGUACUUGUCUCUCUUGGGGUUUCUUCAUCUCUUCUGUGUUCUAACUCUACUGAAAAGACCACUUUGUGGAUGAGUUACUAAAUGUCCAUGGCACCAGUCUUAUUAGCUGUUGAUCUUAUCUUUGUCAUCACUUAGGUACUGGUGGCUAAAAUUCUUGGACUUGCUUUUCAGACUGUCAAUGAUCAGCCUUCAGCACGUUAAUAAUCUGCUAUGUCCUCAUUUUAGAGACCAACCAGAAAAGAUAUUUUGUAUUCUUUUAUCAUCCAAUUCUGGUCAAAAAUAAUAUUGACGGCUGGCUUUAAGUGUUGGGGGAAACUUCUCAAUCUUCUGGUAUGCUCCAGGAAUCGACUGGACAGAGGUAGAGCACCUUGGAAGUGUAGGGAAGCACUAAGUAGUCUAGUGCAAGGCAGAAGUCAAAAUGCCAUUUAAGUGGUUUAUGCGUCAUGUCUUUUAAUUAAUGAACUGAUGUGUCCAUGUUAGUACCUGUACCACCAAGCUUUUGAUGUAGUUGGAUUUGGCGGAGUGAAUUUUGUAUCAUGCCUUCACCCCCAUUGAACUUGAUUAGAUAAAAUAAUCAUGGAACAUUCUCCAUACUUAAUAAGGGGACUGCUGAGGACAUCCAAAUGAAAAUGGAUGUCUGGGACGUAGAAGGAAAAGUGGGUCAAGUGCAAUUUGUGUCCUGUGAGGUGAUGUUUAUUGUUCAAAUUGAUUUAAUGUUACUGAGACCAGGUUAUAGUCACCAAAUCUGCAAGUUUUGGUUUAGCUUCUCAUGGCUGAAAAGCUAAAAAUACAAAAGAAUUUUGAGGUGAGUGCAUAAUAAACCCGAGUGGAUGAUUGAAUGUUUCCUUUUGAGCUCACAAAGAGAAGAUGUUUUUGUAUAUUUUAGUAAAAUAUAUGAUUGUGUAUUUUGUAGUAUGUUUGCAUGAUUCCUAAUCCAAUUUCAGCAGCCUUCAAUCAAGCUUUCCAUUUUUUCCCCACAGUGGACUAUCUUGGCCAAUGAAUAAAAUAAGUGCAGUAUAAUUAAAUUAAUAAAAACAAUUGCUCAUCUACUGUGUAUGGUGAUUUCAUCCCGAAGGACUUUCCACUUGAUAUAUAAUAAGUGACCCACUUCACCCAUCACUAAGGAGCAGCACCCAUCUCCAUGACAUGUGGCAGGCCCAUUAUACAGCAGAUCAGGCUGAGAAAAUGAGAAAGAAAGAUCUGUGGAAUUAAGGGAGGACAGAUUGUGUUGGAGGCUUAUAGAGGGGAAUUUAGCCAGGGCACUCAGGGACUACCCCUGCUCUUAUGAGCUAUACCAACAUCCCCUCAGUUCAACAUCCCUCAAUGGAGAGUACCUCCUACAUCAGUCUCUGGUGGUCAUAUUGUAGCAUUGGUUUGAGAAUUUUGCUUCAGAGGGCCAGCCUUGCUUACUUUUCAGACCUGAAGAUCUCAUGUUAGAAGGUGGUAAUACAGUACUGCUGUUAAAUGUGUUGGCAGUAGAUUUUUGCCUUUGUAAGCACAAAGUGGCAUGAGGUUAGAAUUGGGCUUUCCAAGUUUUAAAGAAUAUUCAUGUGGGAAAAUCAAUACAGUUUUGGUUAGUAGUAUCAGGAUGUGUAUAAAAGUGUAUUUGAAUGUGUAUAAAAGAGAAAUCAACACGGAAAACCCACAGGUAAUAUCCACUGACCUUUUAAAUGACCAGAUUUUAAUAUGUUUUGAUAACCCAUCAUUUUCAAUUUAGAUGAUACUUUUUUUUUUAAAUGCAACAAAUAAAAAUAGACCACUCAAAUGGCCCAAAGCACUUGACGUGUACAACAUCAAACCUGAUUUCCAGCAUGUUCCCCUUCAUAUGCCCAGUCAACCAGUACUUAAUCUGACCUCUCCUGUGUACAUUUGUGUUCUGACAAAUUUAGAACAAAAAUGCAUCUCUGUCUACUCGUUUUUUAUUCUGACGUGAACUGCUGGAAAAAAACCAAAAACAAGCCUGAGCUGUAGAUCAUGCAGCAAUGAACAGUCGGCGUUCACAUCUACCAGUCUGUUCUGCACGUCGGCACACUUAGGGUGUUGAUUUCUUUGGAAAAUUCCUUUGGUCUCUUGCAGAAUCUGUUAUUUUGUUAAAUUGUUUUGGUUUGAGAAACCGAGGUAUGAGAAUGUUUUUUUGCAAAUUUGUACAGUUAUGUCCGCAGGAUAAUUGAGUGAUACAAUAAUAGUACUACUGAAUGUUUAGUGUUUAUAGCCAAAGGAGACAUCCACCUUCACAAAUAAAACAUGUUUUCCUCAA